AGGAAGAAGAGGCCUACCGCUUGGUUCACUUUGAAGGGAGGGUAACUUCUAUGAAGGUUUUUAGUAAUCAAUUCACUACUUCGGAGGCUGGAGUAGUAACUCUGAUAUGAUAAAGAAUGCAUAGCAUAUGAAAUUAAAAGAUGAAACAAUUAGAUGAAAUACUUUUCUUCUUUUUUGCAUGGUUGGUGUGAAUUAAUGUCGCCUGCUAUGAGCUUGACCUUGACAGAAUACGCCAUGUCUUGCUAAAAUGUCGAGGUCGCAUUUUCUGCCCAAGAAUCAUCAAUACUUCUAUGAGUCGUGUAAGAAGAAGGUGAGUAAACAAAAUUAGCAUGUCCGUCGCAGGGAUUGUUUCGUCUUGCCGCUGAUCAGGAGUGAUCACUUGAGACGCGUUGACGAUAGCCUGCCUUGGCUUUUGAUGUGGCACAGGAAGAAGAAAUAUGUUGGGUGUUUUAUGCGUCGUCGAAUCCGCCACGGAGCCUGCGCGGAUUUUGUUCCGGUAUCCGCCUGACAAGAACUCUUUCGGCAAUAUCAGCGAUGGAUCCUUAGCCCGCAUGCUUCUACCACGCGAACGAAAACUGCUGAACGAGCGGCUGGAAUUCAUUUUGGACUACGCGGAUCAUAAAACGAGCUUCAGCACCAAGCCACCAGCGAGGUUGCGGGUAUCCUCCUUCCCUCGAGAUGCGAGGGUCGUUCUCGUCGAUCGCCCGCCGACCCGCACGGCGCGCAAGAGCGCAAGGAUGAGCAGUCAGGGAAUCCUAGACUCGGAAACAAGCAAGCCUGCCUGUGCUCCAGGUCCAGUAUCAACAACGACUAGCGCUUUACUCAAAGUUCCGCUUCCGGAUACGAAUUUGGAGACAACAAGAAGCCCAUUUGGGAGUGGCGAUGCAGGCCGAGGCUUUCGGCCUGCAUCAGGAGAGGGCGGUGUAGAUUAUCCUCCCUGCAGCCAAGAUCGGGGAGCUGAGAAAAAUGACGAGUUCUUUUCUACUCAUGCUGUUGUUGAAGAUUACCCUUCCAAACUCAGCAUGCGAACGGAUGGCCUUGAUGAGAUGGGUAUAAUAAACGACAAAGACAGUGCACUAGUCCAGCAGCAAAGUGGCCUAAAUUAAGAGUUUCCUCAAUGCAUUCUGCACGUGCAUCCUUGACCUUUUGUUCUCAAGUAGAAAACUUGGGUCCCAGGGCAGCGUCCGAAGAGUGCAAUGCUGCAGCUUGCUCUAAUCAAGUACGCCCUUUGGAGAGUUGCUGUGUUUUAAUAUUGUCCUAGUUACGCGGUCCGAGUACACUGGGGUGUUGAACACCGAGAAUUUGUGGAAAAUUUGCCGCCGAUGUAGCGAUCUCUUCCAGACUUAUCCGAUAUUGUUUCAGCAGACAGGCUUGUUGGAGCGGGUCUACUGGUGCCUUCAGCGGUAUCCGGGUGGAAACACCAGCAUAGCCAUUUUCGAUGACCCGAGUGCAGUGGUUCCGCCACAAGUAUUGGGUGAUCCGAGUGCUGCUCCUGUGGACAAUAAGGAUAAAGAUACCUCCGAUAAAGAUGAAGGUACUAGAAGUACUGAGUGGGCUCAAGAACAUCAACAAGUAGAAGGACAAGGAGUACCGCCUGCGCCACUGUCACCGACAGGAUCGUCCGUUUCCGGGGUUACUUUUUCUAUACCUGGCAGCAGCGAAGCAACCGGACAACGCCAGCUCUCGUCCUCGUCGUCGUCGUCGUCUCAAAAACCAUCCUCCUUGCCGGAGACGUUGAGCAUGAUUGAAUUCGUGGGCGCGCCUUUUUCAGAGGAUAUCAUUCUUCACAGACCGAGCUAUUUAGAUGUGCGAUACGCUGAGCUCAUGGAGGAGGAAAAGAAAGAUUCUCUAAUACAGCACGAGCAAAAUCGACAAGAUAAGAUCGACAAGAAUAGCAGGAGUCAGCUAGGAGGAUCUUAUAUGGGCGCGAGCACUUCGUCAAGCGCUUUAUGGGACGAGCACGAUGACGACGCGGCAAAAUACUCACAAGAGGAACAAGAGAAGAGCGCGUUCCUUCUGGACUAUCCUCCACGUCGCGGCUUCGGUUUCGGACCUCAAGCGCUCUCCCCUGUCACUGCAGGAAAUACCGGAGGUGGUGGUGGUGGCGGUGAUGGUCGUCGCGAUGGUGGUGGUGGCGUUGGUGGUAGUAGAACCAAUACUACCUCUCCUUCUAGAGACGAGAGGACGUUUGAUCAUGUCGCAGCGACGUGCUCAGUACCGCUUGCGGAUUUCUACGUGAACAACGUGGUAUUCACUCAAGUAGUGACAGAGCAGACGGAGCGAGCGUUCGCGGAAACUUUUCACGGUCUCGUGAUCCUAGACAUUAUCGCGGCACUAAGCUGUGCGGAUGCUUACGCAUGGUUCGAGAUGAUAGAUGCGGUUGCUUCGCAGGAACCGGUAGCAGAAGAGCAAAUUCCACUUACGCAGCUGUUCUUAGAUAACUACCUGCACAAUCAUGAGCAGGAGUGAAACCGUCAUCACUGAUUUAAGUAUAAUAUGACGUAGACGAUUUUUAUUUUUUGUGAUAUCAAUAUCUAUCGAUCUUCCGUAGGCUUUAAUAUUCACUGAGCUGGAGGAGUAGUACUUUUAUUUUCAUCUACUCAAGACGACGGCAGAUAUAGAUACACAAACUUCCUGUUGGUUCCUCUAAUUUUCCAGGAAGCACCAAGAAAGAGGAGCAGCGGUCCUUGUUAAGUCGUCGCAUUUUGGGAUGGCUAUAUCGAAGGAAAAUCAUUUGUUGCUAUCGCAACGGCGCUGUUUACUCUCCUUGUGGCGGGGCCGACGUCGGCGAGAACGUUCCAGAAUUGCUGCUAGAAAAAUUUGGACAUUCUCUGUCGGAUGGAGAGCUAGCUUACCUCUACGAGAAGGUCGCGGAUUUGGAUGUGGAUGCGGCUCUGGGCUACGCAGAGACGAUUGAGCGCGUCAAGCGCAACCCUUUUGCCGCGUUUGACGCUAAGGGACCGUUAAUAGACGCAGGUUUGUUGAUUCCGUUCUCAUCCGAAACACCUUGGCGGGAAUCAUAUGAAGAUCCGCUGCCAUGAUGACGCUUGUUCCAGACGACUGACUACAGUCCGAGUCAUGACGCUUCCAUGACAUAAUUAAUGGCUACUACAGUUAUCCUCUCGGAUUCAUCACUUACAGUCUUCGCAUAAAAUACAUUGACUGAGGAUCGCUCAUCAC